ACACGUCGCGGGUUAGUCGCAUCAGAACCGGACGCGGAGGUCAAGAUGAACAAGAAGCGCUACUUCCUGGACCCACCGGUGAUCAAAGACUACCUGGUGAAAGGGGAACGAUUCACCAAGUGGUCAGAGGACUCCACAAAGACGGCGCCAGUCACCAUGAAGAUGGAUCCAAAGGGCUUCUACAUCUACUGGGUCAACCAGAGCAAGGAGACCACGUUCUUGGAUGUUGCUACUAUCAGAGACACCAGGACGGGGAAACAUGCCAAACUUCCCAAACACCCCAAAGUCAGGAACGUGUUCAACCUGGACUUUCCGGACAGCAACCACCUGGCUAAAACGCUGACCAUCGUUUCUGGCCCAGACACGGUCAAUUUAACCUACCACAACUUCUUUGCCUCCAAAGAGAAAGUGACCGAGAACUGGGCCAGCGACAUUCUGGCUGUCGCCUACAAUGCCGCGCGAAAUAAUUCCUGCCGACUCAUGUACUUGGACAAAAUAUAUGUUCGGAUUUCGCUCCAGACCAACAAGGACGGCAAGAUUCCGGUGAAAAAUAUAUACAAAAUGUUCCCGGCCGAUAAGAAGAGGGUGGAAAGUGCACUGUCAUCUGCUCACCUGCCCAAAGGAAAGUACGACACCAUGAAGCCUGACGUGUUCACUGAAGCGGCCUUCAAAGCCUUCCUUUAUGCUCUCUGUCCUCGACCUGAAAUCCUGGAGAUCUUCACCGAAUACUCCAACAAACCCACCAUGACGAAGGACAACUUCACCAAGUUCCUGAACGAGAAGCAGCGAGACUCUCGGCUGAACGAGGAGCUGUUCCCGCGUCUGCGUCAGGACCAGAUCAAGGCUUUGAUCGACAAGUACGAGCCCACCUCCACCAAUGCCAACAGAGGCCUGAUAUCUCCAGAGGGUCUCCUUUGCUACCUGAUGGGACCAGAGACGUCCGUCGUGGUCCAGGACCGGCUGGCCCGCUGUCAAGACAUGACCCAGCCCAUUCCCCACUACUUUGUCAAGUCCUCGCACAACACCUACCUGACAGCCGGGCAGUUCUCCGGAGUCUCCUCCCCGGAGAUGUACCGCCAGUGUCUGCUGGCUGGGUGUCGCUGCCUGGAGCUGGACUGCUGGAAGGGCAAGCCUCCAGAUGAAGAGCCCAUCAUCACCCACGGCUUCACCAUGACCACCGAGAUCCUGUUCAAGGAUGUGAUCGAGGCCAUCGCGGAGAGCGCCUUCAAGACCUCGCCUUACCCCGUCAUCCUCUCCUUCGAGAACCACGUUGACUCAGUGAAGCAGCAGGAGAAGAUGGCCAACUACUGCAAAACCAUAUUUGGUGACGCUCUGCUGACAGAACCGCUGGACAAGUACCCACUGAAACCAGGGCAGCAGAUCCCGAGUCCAUCAGAGCUGAUGGGGAAAAUCCUCAUCAAGAACAAGAAGGGCAGUCAGGAGAAGACCAGCGCGACCAAGAAGACCAGCACAGCUGCUGCCUCCAGUGCUGACUCAGCUGCUCCCCAAGAUCCCGGGACCCUGGAGACACCUGAGGUAGAAGCAGUUGUCGAGGACACUGAGGAGCAGGAGGACGCGGAGGAGCAGGACGAGGAGAAGAUGAAGACAUCUGAUGAGGGCACAGCGGGUCAGGAGGUCACGGCGUACGAGGCCAUGUCGUCUCUGGUCAACUACAUCCAGCCCAAUAAGUUCAUCUCCUUCGACAACGCCAGAAAGAAGAACAAGAGCUACGUCAUCUCGUCUUUCGUGGAGACUAAGGGGGAAGCCAUGAUCGCUAAGACUGCGGUGGAGUUUGUGGAGUACAACAAGAGACAGAUGAGCAGGAUUUAUCCGAAAGGAACCAGAAUGGACUCCUCCAACUACAGUCCGCAGCCGUUCUGGAACGUUGGCUGUCAGAUGGUGGCGCUCAACUACCAAACCAUGGAUUUCCCCAUGCAGCUGAACAUGGCCUUGUUCGAGUUCAACGGCAGAACCGGCUACCUGCUCAAACACGACGUCCUGCGCCGCGGGGACAAGAAGUUUGACCCGUUCUGUGACCGGAUCGAUACGGUGGUGGCCAGCACUCUGACCAUCAAGAUCUAUUCCGGCCAGUUUUUGUCCGACAAAAGCGUCAAAACCGGCGUUGAAGUGGAAGUGAUCGGUCUGCCAGGCGACCCCAAGAAGAAGUACCGCACCAAGUGGACCACCACGCCCAACGCCAUCAACCCAGUGUGGAACGAGGAGCCGUUUGUUUUCGAGAAGAUUCUCCUCCCGGAACUGGCUUCUCUGAGAAUCGUGGUCCACGAAGAAAGCGGCAAAUUCCUGGGACACAGAAUCAUCCCCAUCGACGCCAUCCAAUCAGGCUUCCACCACAUCUGUCUGCGCAGUGAGAGCAACAUGCCGCUGACGCUGCCUGCUCUCUUCGUCUACAUCGAGGUCAAGGACUACAUCCCAGCGGCCUUUGCAGACUUCACAGACGCUUUAUUUAACCCCACAAAGGGCACCGACAAGCCCUCCAAAACCCCGAAAGAGUCGUCCUCAGACUACGUCUCUCCCUAUGAGCUGCCUCUGGUGCCUGAAACCAAGACCGAGGAGAGUAAAGCUCCAGCCCCAGCAGAAGACAAGGAAGAGAAAACUGGCGAAGAGUCACCACCAGCUGUCGACGUCGUUGACCCACCAGCCCAGGCUGAAGAAACCACACCAGAAGCUGCUCCGCUCGAGGAGCCGGAGCCCGUGGUGGAGACUAAAGAAGAGCCGGUCCAAGUGGUCGAGGCCACACCUGAGGCCGCACCUGAAGGCAACCACAGCAGCUGUGAGGAUGAGCAGACUGUUGAACCAGCUGAGGAGCCUGAAGAGAAACCUCCGGGUGAAUCAGAACCUGUGGCGGCUGAUCCUCCUGCAGAAGCAUCAAGUCAGCCUUCUUCAAGUGUCGGUGAAAAACACUUGACGUCCCCUCCUUCAGAAACGCUGUCGGUGGCUGCUGAAGAGCUGGUCCAGCACAAGAACUACGUGAAGCUCCUGAAGCGGCAGGAGAAGGAGCUGAAGGAUCUGGAUAAGAAGUAUCAGAAGAAAGGCGAGGACACAAUCCAGAAGUAUUCUGACGUCUUCAAGGCCAUCAAGAAGAAGGACUCGCUGAAGAAGAAGGAGAACGGAGGGAGCAGCUCCGAGUCCAGCGUGAGGACAGAGCGCGUGCAGGAGCAGAAGGAGAAGAUGCAGGCGGAGCUGAAGACGCUGUGGAGGGAGCACUACGAUCAGAUGAAGAGGAAGAAGGAGCAGUGUGCCACAGAGAGACUUUCCAAACUGAUGGAGAUGGCCACAGAGAAACACACCAGUGAACUGAAGACUCUGGACAAUGAAACCAAGGAAAACAGGAAGAAACACAAGUUGUCAUGUUCGGAAAAAGCCAAGAUUAAAAGAGCCAUGAGCACUGAGCUGCUGGACGAGCAGCCGGACAGCACGUCUGGAGACUUCAGCCCCCAGCAGGAGGCACUGAUGAAGAAACAAGCUCAGACCCUGGAGGAGAUCAAGGCUGUGACUCACCAGCUCAAUCAGGAAGCGCUGAAUGAGCACGAGCUCAAAAUGAGGUCCCUGACCGUGGUGGUGCGGGAGGCCAUGAACGGCUGCGUGGGAGCUCACUUCCCGGACCUCGUGGACCAGUCCGGCAACAAGAACGAGGACAGGGUGGGUGUCUACGGUGACGUGUUCUUAGGUUAGAUGCCUCCUGCGAUGACUAGACGUAGACCUGAAGGGGCUUUAUUUUACACUUUAGCUGUCACAUUAGCGCUAGCAUCAACGUAUGGGCGGUGAGCUUAGCUAGCUUUUUGACCUCUAACAUCUCAGUAGAACAACCAUUCUGCUCCAGGUACUUGAUAACUACAGAUGGUGUUCGAGGUUGCUGGUUCACUUUUGUGGCGUGCUGCAUAGCAACUUCAUUGUUUCCAUAAUUCUCCAUGAUGCUAAAGUCAUCAGAUGGCUAAAGAAAAAGCUAUGCUAAGAAGCAUCAAGACAAAGCUUUUAUUUGUAACCAAAGGAGAAGAGCACCCUCUAUUGGACAACUAUUUGGAGACAAAGUUACACGAAUAAAAUAUUUUCGUGAUGCAGCUAUUCUGGUAUAAAAGGAUAUAAAUACUUUCUUUAAUUUAGCAGUUAGCCUAACGCUAGUCUAGUACAAGUAACAUCCGACUUACGAUGAUCGGUGCCGGUUCCGUAAGUCGGAUUGGACCUAAGUUGAAUGCCGUUCAAAAUAGCCGACGCGAGGGUUAUAGGUACUACUGUGUGAGAUUGAGAUGCUGGGAUACUGUGCUGCCAUAAUUGUCGUAUGUGUUGCCGGGCUGCUACAUGUUGUGGCGCCAGACAUUGAAUAAAAAAAAAAAAAAGCAUCUGCUGGCCGUGGUCACAAGUAUGGUUGGCUGUAAAUUGAGCACGUGGUAAGUCGGAUGUUACUUGUACUUGUGCAGGGAAACGUAUUCAUAUGGACAGCUGUCUACUUUGCGAUCUUUCGGUGUCAAGGUUAGCCACAUUAGCUUAGCAUCCAUGAGUUUGAGGAGCUAAUUGAGAAGUUGUAUCUAUGAUUCUGCGGUGGUUUGGAUGACUGGACGGUGGAGAGGUUUGGGGAUAUUUAGCGACUUUUUCUGACACAAGCGUGUGCAUGAUCCGCUUCCCUUUUUUUUUUGUAAUUUGUGUUCCAAGCCCAAACUG